AUGGAUGUCGAGCUGGUGGACCCUCCCUCCGAUUCCAUAUCCUCGAUGUCGUUCUCUUCUCAGGCAGACUACCUCGCAGUGGCGAGUUGGGACAAUAACGUCCGCAUCUACGAAGUAGGCCUGAACGGCCAGUCGCGGGGUAAGGCGCUGUACGCGCACCAAGCACCAGUUCUAAGCGAUGGCGCGAAGAUCUUUUCAGGAGGCACCGACAGCGCCGGUAGGAUGUUCGAUGUCAACACCGGCCAGUCGCAACAGGUCGCGCAGCACGACGCGCCCAUAAAGUGCGUAAGGUGGGUUGAUACCCCUCAGGGUGGUAUACUGGCAACAGGUAGUUGGGACAAGACGCUAAAGUACUGGGAUCUGCGUACUCCAAAUCCAGUAGCUUCCGUCCAGCUUCAGGAUCGUUGCUAUUCGAUGGACGUAGCCUAUCCGCUCUUGGUAGUCGGGACUGCUGAACGCCACAUCCAAAUAUUCAACCUCGCAAACCCAACAACACCCUAUAAGACAAUGCCCUCACCUCUAAGCUGGCAGACGCGAGUCGUGACAUGUUCUCCAGCCGCGGAUGCCUUUGCAAUCGGCAGCAUCGAGGGACGAGUAGCUGUUCACUAUCUGGAGGAGAAGGACUCCACGUAUGUUCUGACAUUCCUUGGUGUCCCAGUUCAGUUGUCACAGCUCGUCUUUAGGAAGAGCUUCUCGUUUAGAUGUCAUCGGAGGGACUUGUCUCCAACCCAAAAGAGUCAAAGUUUAGUGUUUGCCAUCAAUGACAUAUCAUAUCACCCAAUACAUGGCACGCUCUCUACAUGCGGAUCGGACGGAGUCAUGAAUAUCUGGGACCUAGAUGCGCGCACGCGUCUGAAAGUCUUUGAGCAAGCACCAGGUCCCAUCACCUCGACAUGCUUCAACCGCACGGGCACUGUCUUCGCGUAUGCUGUAUCGUACGAGUGGUCAAAAGGCCAUACAGGAAUGACUCCCGGCCAUCCAAACAAGGUCAUGUUCCACGUGUGCACCGACGACGAGGUCAAGAAGAAGCCGCCGAAGCCUCGGUGA